AAUUUAAUUAAUGAAAAGAAUCCUAAUUUGCUUACUUUUCAUAUCUUUAAUAUCUGGUAGGGCUGUCAAUCACCUUGUUGAUGAGAAAAAGCCUGUAGAUCCAACAAAAAAAGCUGAUGACAAGAAAGAAGAGCCAAAAAAGGAAGAGCCAAAGAAGGAAGAACCUAAAAAAGCUGAUGACAAGAAAGCAGAACCAAAAAAGGAAGAGCCUAAGAAGGAGGAGCCUAAAAAGGCAGAUGACAAGAAAGAAGAACCAAAAAAAGAGGAGCCAAAGAAGGAUGAGCCUAAAAAAGCUGAUGACAAGAAAGCAGAACCAAAAAAGGAAGAGCCUAAGAAGGAAGAGCCUAAAAAAGCUGAUGACAAGAAAGAAGAACCAAAAAAAGAGGAGCCAAAGAAGGAUGAGCCUAAAAAAGCUGAUGAUAAGAAAGCAGAACCAAAAAAGGAAGAGCCUAAAAAAGAAGAAAAAAAGGAUGAGAAAAAGGACGAAAAGAAAGAAGAGAAGAAAGAUGAAAAGAAGGACGAGAAGAAAGAUGAAAAGAAGGAAGAGAAAAAAGAUGAAAAGAAGGACGAGAAGAAAGAUGAGAAGAAAGAUGAGAAGAAAGAUGAAAAGAAAGACGAGAAAAAAGAUGAAAAGAAAGAUGAAAAGAAAGAUGAAAAGAAAGAUGAGAAGAAAGACGAGAAGAAAGACGAGAAAAAAGAUGAAAAGAAAGAUGAAAAGAAGGAUGAGAAGAAAGACGAGAAAAAAGACGAGAAAAAAGAUGAAAAGAAAGAUGAAAAGAAGGAUGAGAAGAAAGAUGAAAAGAAAGACGAGAAGAAAGACGAGAAGAAAGAUGAGAAGAAAGAUGAGAAGAAAGAUGAAAAGAAAGAUGAAAAGAAAGAUGAGAAGAAAGAUGAAAAGAAAAAGGAUGAACCUAAAUAGAGCCCUGAAGAAAAGAAAUUUAGAUCAUGUAUUGAAGAUAAAUGUGGAUCAUAAGCUAAAGCAUGUGACAAACAAUGCAAUUCAAAAUUAGAAUAAUGCAAGGAUGUAGUUUAUGUUGCUGGAUACUAAGCUGUAAGACUAUUAAAAUAAUUUUUUAGUAUUUGGAUUGCAUCAAUGAAAGUAAGCCUGCAGUUGCCCUACUUGAGUGUGUUUAAUCUAAAUGCUUGGAGUGAAAAUAAUUUUAAAUUUAAGCAAAUUCAUAUCAAAUAAUUAUAUAAAAAAUCCAUGC